GGAGCCUCUGGAGUCCUUUUGUUACUCUGUAACUUUUGCACGGCCCGGAGAGCCAAGGACGUACUGCGAGACUCGGGCCUGGGAUAAUUGAUUUCCACCUGUGCAGGAUUUCAACUGGUGGGCUGAUGAAUAUACAAAGAGUGGUGCUGAAUUCACGCCCUGGCAACAAUGGAGUGCCAGUUGCAGAAAACUUCCGUAUGGAGGAGGCUACCCUACCAGAUAAAAUCACCGAGGGUCAAGUCAAAGUUCGUACACUCUAUCUGUCUGUGGACCCCUAUAUGCGGUGUCGUAUGAAUGAAGGCACUGGUGCUGACUACAUCGAGGCUUGGAAGUUGUCUGAAGUUGCCAAUGGUGGAGGAAUUGGUUCUGUGGAGGAAAGCAAAGAUGUGAAUUUUGCUGCAGGAGACUUUGUAACUUCCUUUACUUGGCCCUGGCAGACCAAGGCUAUUCUAGAUGGAAAACAACUUGAGAAGAUUGACCCACAGCUUGUAGAUGGACAUCUUUCAAAUUUUCUGGGUGCAGCUGGCUUGACUGGUCUGACAGCUUUGCUAGGAAUAAGAGAGAAAGGACAUGUGUCUCCGGGUGCUAACCAAACCCUGGUGGUCAGUGGGGCUGCAGGGGCCUGUGGCUCACUGGCUGGGCAGAUAGGUUUCCUGGAGGGCUGUUCUAAAGUGAUCGGUAUUUGUGGCACAGAUGAAAAAUGCACCAUUUUGGUCUCAGAAAUGGGGUUUGAUGCUGCUAUCAACUAUAAGAAAGAGAAUGUGGCACAACGGCUGCAUGAGCUCUGCCCAGCUGGAGUGGAUGUGUACUUUGACAAUGUUGGUGGAGACAUCAGUGAUGCAGUGAUAGGUCAAAUGAAUCCAAAUAGCCAUAUCAUUUUAUGUGGCCAGAUCUCCCAGUACAAUAAGGAUGUGCCUUAUCCUCCUCCUUUACCUCCUGCAACAGAAGAAAUAAUAAAAACACAGAAUAUCACUAGGGAAAGAUAUAUAGUUUUGAACUACAUGGACAAAUGGGCUGCUGGUACAAUGCAGCUUUGUCAGUGGAUCAAAGAGGGAAAAUUGAAGGUUAAAGAGACUAUGGUUGAAGGCUUGGAAAACAUUGGAGCUGCUUUCCAGUCUAUGAUGACCGGAGGGAACAUUGGAAAACAGAUAGUGCUCGUUUCCAAGUAAUACAGAAUGUUUACUAUUUCCCGAGUGUCAGCUAUGGAGAAAAAGCAUAUUUUAUUUGUACACAUUUAGCCUGACCUUCUCCUUUAUAUAGGUACUUGUAUGAAAUGACCAGAAACAGAAUUUUGCACCUUUCCUUUGAAUACAGAGCUUAUAGAAGUUGAUGAUAGUCCAGUUUUAUAUUCUUUGGGUUGGAUCCAGAUUUAAGCUGGAUUACCUGCACUAGUGGAAGCGGACUUCCGCACUCCCACCUUCCCAUGGCAGUAUCUUCAACCCCCUGAAAAUGCUACACAGAGUCAGGAGAUCCUGCUGAAGGGGGUCAGCUGUGGUAGUCAUGGGAACCCCAGAAAGCAGGUGGGGAGACCUUCCGUGAGCAAAGCCUUUCCUCUUACAGAACGCAGAUCCUAGAGCCAACCUUUUGUUUUGGAAAAAAAAAAGUUUUAACAUCUGGCACUUAGGCAUCCUUCAUAAGGCCUUCUGUUUACCAACUGUGAUUCUAACAGAAAACAGCUGAGCUUUGAUUCCAGGUCCUUCUUAGAUGUUCCUUACAUAUUUUUUCGUGACACUUUGUAAUUUUCUGAAGCUUAUUUUCAGUCAGAAUAUAAUAUUGUAUAUUGUUCUUCAGUCUCAAGUGUCUGAACACUACUAUUUCCCAGAGCAGCACUGUACUAUGCUGUUGUGGUAUAACUACUGGAAAUGAGAUGACAAACUGAAUCUCUUUUGAUAACAGCUAUUAAACUUCUGGCCUCACCUUGUUA